AUGAGGAACAUGUUUGGGAUGAAGCUAGAUUACAACACUUCGUAUAGAGCUUUGUUAUCUGCGCAAGAGUUGGUGAGAGGAACAGCAGAAGGUGGAUAUGAGAAUCUGCCUUCUUAUUUGCGUCAGAUCGAGAUAUCGAAUCCGGGAACUGUCACAUGUCUUGUGAAAGAUGCUUCGAUAGCUGGUUUUAACUAUCUUAGGAGGGUUAUUGUGGUGGAUGGGACUCAUCUAUGUGGAAAGUAUGAAGGAGUUAUGCUAGUUGCUGCUGCCCAAGAUGGUAAUUUUCAGAUUUUUCCAUUGGCUUUUGCGAUUGUAGAUGCGGAGAAUGAUGAGUCGUGGGAAUGGUUUUUUACCCAAUUGCGGAGAUGUGUUUCAGAUCAGUAUGCUUUGGUGAUAGUGUCUGACAGGCAUGGUUCCAUUAAGAAGGCGUGUGAGAAGGUUUUCCCUUGGGCAAGGCGAGGAAUAUGCUAUUAUCAUCUACAGCAGAACAUAGUCCAAAAGUUCAAGGGAAAGCAUAUGUUGUACUUGGUCAAAGGCGCUGCUUAUGCACAUACGCUUUUCGAUUUUAACCGCUACAUGGAUGAGAUACGGAGUAUAAACCCAAACCUUGCAACAUAUUUGGAGAAUGCUGACGUCUCUUUAUGGUCACGAGUUCACUUUCAAGGUGACAGAUACAACAUAAAGACUAGCAACAUCGCAGAAUCCAUCAACUCUGCACUUAAGCCAGCCAAAGGAUUCCCAAUCUCAUUCCUUAUUGAAUUUAUACGCGAGAAGCUAGGAAGGUGGUUCUUUAUAAGGAGAGAAGAUGCUUUGAGUCUCACAUCACAUCAUAGUCGGGGAAUCGAAAACUUGUUGGCUAUUCGUGAAGAGUAUGCAGAUAUGAUGAAUGUGGAGCGUAUUGAUGGUUGGCGAUUUGUUGUGAGAGGAGGACAUCGAGAUUGUGUUGUUGACUUGGAACUUCGGAGGUGUCAAUGUGGUGUGUUUGAUAUUGAGAAGAUACCUUGUUCACAUGCCAUUGCAGCUGCAAAGGAUGCAAAUAUUCAUGUCACUACGCUUGUAUGCCCAUCCUAUUCAAAGAAUUAUCUUUAUGCAGCAUACGCGGCAAAUAUAUAUCCCAAAAGUGACGUUUUGGAAGCUCCCAACACUGAUGACACAUCACCUGCCAAUGAAGAAUAA